CCUGGCUGCGCAUGCGCCAUUCAUCCGCGGCGAGUGGCCUCGCGGAGCCGGAUUCGUCGCUCUGCCGGGAGUGCGCCUGCGCGGUCGCCGGGGCUCCCACCUCAGCUUCCCCUCCCCCGGCCCCCUCGGGGGCUCCGAGCCCGGCGGGACCAUGUUCACCAGCACCGGCUCCAGUGGGCUCUGUGAGUACCGGCCUCCGCCAUUCUGGCUGCCCCCUACACGCCACCCUGGGCACCUCAUUGAGGAGGCUGGGGCAGCGGGGACCCUCGGGUUUGCCGGAGGUGGUGGGGCCGACCCUCCAGACUGGCGUCCGAACCCUGCUAGUUCCUGGUCUUGGGAGGUCAGCGGAAACCGUCUCCAUUUCGGCCUGGAGGGGCUAAUAGGAACAAAGCCCCGCUGCCCGCCCGGACCCCACCUGGUGUCCCCAGACAAGGCGCCUCUGUCGAAGAGCCUUCUGCUGGUCCCCAGUGCCCUCUCCCUCCUGCUAGCCCUCCUCCUGCCUCACUGCCAGAAGCUGUUUGUGUAUGACCUCCACGCAGUCAAGAACGACUUCCAGAUUUGGAGGUUGAUAUGUGGAAGAAUAAUUUGCCUUGAUUUGAAAGAUACUUUCUGCAGUAGUCUGCUUAUUUAUAAUUUUAGGAUAUUUGAAAGAAGAUAUGGAAGCAGAAAAUUUGCAUCCUUUUUGCUGGGUUCCUGGGUUUUGUCAGCCUUAUUUGACUUUCUCCUCGUCGAAGCUAUGCAGUAUUUCUUUGGCAUCACUGCAGCUAGUAAUUUGCCUUCUGGAUUCCUGGCACCUGUGUUUGCUCUGUUUGUACCAUUUUACUGCUCCAUACCAAGAGUCCAAGUGGCACAAAUUCUGGGCCCAUUGUCCAUCACAAACAAGACACUGAUUUAUAUAUUGGGACUACAGCUUUUCACCUCUGGUUCCUACAUCUGGAUUGUAGCCAUAAGUGGACUUAUGUCCGGUCUGUGCUACAACAGCAAAAUGUUCCAGGUGCAUCAGGUGCUCUGCAUCCCCAGCUGGGUGGCAAAAUUCUUUUCUUGGACACUUGAACCCAUCUUCUCUUCUUCAGAACCCGCCAGCGAAGCCAGAAUUGGGAUGGGAGCCACGCUAGACAUCCAGAGGCAGCAGAGGAUGGAGCUGCUGGACCGGCAGCUGAUGUUCUCUCAGUUUGCACAAGGCAGGCGACAGAGACAGCAGCAGGGAGGAAUGAUCAAUUGGAAUCGUCUUUUUCCUCCUUUACGUCAGCGACAAAACGUAAACUAUCAGGGUGGUCGGCAGUCUGAGCCAGCAGCGCCCCCUCCUCUAGAAGUUUCCGAGGAACAGGUCGCCUCGCCUAUGGAGAUGGGAUUUUCCAGAGGUGAUGCUUUGAAGCCCUGA